AUGUCAGACGUCCAAGCGGCAGAGAAGAUCGUUUCGGAAGGAGGUACAGCAACGUUCACAGAGCCGUUAAAGUGACUUUCAAACUCACUCCUCCUAAAGGACCACCAGAGACCUCUCCGGCGAACGCUCCAGAGAACAACACCGUCUCCCCCGCGGAAGCUCACGCUUCGUCCGAGGGUAUCCGCUUCUCCGAAUCGUCAUUUGAUAUGCCAUGACUACUAACGCACUGUACUUUCUAUAGGCGGCCCGACAGCCCCAGCAGUAGCCGAGCGCAACGCUCCGCAUCCUGAUCCCAACAAGAUGGAAAACAGACUCGAAGCCAACAAGGCGGACAAGACCGGUCCCAAGAAAGACACCGAAGUCGCCGGCCGCAAAGAGAAGGGUGUCCUUGGAGGCGGCUUCUUCAAGAAGCUGUUUAGCAAGAAGGAGAAGAAGGCCGAGAGCUCGUAG